GUACGACGUUGUCUUAAAACUACACCAAGGUUUCGAGUUUUGCCCAACACCGUUGGAUUUCGAGUGUGAUCCCUCGAUUACCGGUCGAGCGUAAGUCGGCCCGACGUUCCGCAAACGACCGCCUGGCGCGCCGCUUUCAGUGGCCUCACAGCUGAUACGCGGUGACGUCACUCAAACAAAGCCAUGCGCGCUUGGAUCGCGCGCGCGCGCGCGAGAGAGAGAGAGAGAGAGAAAGCUAUUUGUUCCGCGAUCCGAACGCGCAGCCAACACAUAUUCGGCGUCCGUGGACACGGUGAAGUGCGCGUCUCUGUACCUCCGUGCGUGCUGUGUCGUCCUGAGCUGCUGUUAUCGCGCGCAUCCGUCCUCGACCGACUCUCGAUUUGCGUGUGAGGCCCCAGCGAUGCCGUUCAUAUCCAAGGACUGGCGAAGCCCGGGCGAGGAAUGGGUGAAGACGGUUGAGGGUUGGGAGAAGAAGAAGAUCCUCGAGUGCGCCAACAACAAGACCCUUUCGCUUCUACGCGGCGAAAAAGAUGCCGGCGAUAAGAAGGAGAAGGACAAGAAGAAAGAAAAUGCCGUCCAGCCACAUUGUCACAUCACACUGAAAUGCACACGAGAGAUCGCCGGCUUCAAUGGCCUGAGUGACGCCCUGAAGAGGCUGGAUUUCCUCUCCGCGGUGCACGACUGCCGUCGCUUCAACUACAUCGUCCGUCUGCUGGACCUACUGGUCAGUCAUAGAAUGGGCGGCCUCAGCGGCUGCGCUCAGAGAGUGCUCUUCAAUAUGCUCGAGGAAGUCGCUCUGGAAGUGUCGCUGUCGCAACAGCAGACCGGGAGAUUGCGACGCCUCAUAGAGCGAGUUCGGGCCUUCAGCGCCGGCUGCUGCUGGGGCGGCAGACCCUUAGGCUCCGUUAUCCUAUGGGAAAAGCAUAAAGCGGCUCUGGAGAGGAUCCUGCAGAUCGCCUCGUCCAUAACCAUCACUCAGCCGGACGAGGAACAGCAACCACAGUGGUCGGAUCUGCCGCCCGAGUGCCGUCGAGAGGUUCUCCUCCGUCUGAGUGACCCGCGAGACAUCGAGGCUUCCUCCGAGGCCUGCGAGCAUCUCGCUAUUCUGGCACAAGAGCAGAGAAUUUGGCGCGAACUCGCUCAGUAUCAUUUCACAUCGCAACAGAUCGCCACUACCAGGCAAAAUAACCCUGGAAAAGACUGGAAAACUAUAUUCACUAUCGCCCGAAGGUCGUUCGGAUUGCGGGAGGAGUACGCCGAGAUGAUUCAGCUGUGCCGCAAUUGCCGUUGCUUGUUCUGGCGAUCCUUGGGCCAUCCCUGCAUCGCGGAUCAAGAUCCGGCGUUUCAGGAGAAGCUGGCGGACGUCGAUCAGGCGUCCCUCCACGUGCCGAUUCCUCCGCAGACCUUCCUGAAAUUCUUCUCGCUAUGAAAGCUUUCGUUUAUUCUGUAAGAGGCGUAAUAUGUACGGUAUAUGCGUCGUGUGCGUUUACAGGGAAAAAUGCGAAAGCUAUGACGUAACUGCGAAUGUGAUUGUCGUUGGUCAGGAGUGAAUGCCCGCGCGCGAGUACACAAUUUGGACAGAUAAAAAAUAGAAUGACGCUUUAAAAAAUGUUCUGCACUUAGAAAGCGAGAGAGAGAGAGAGAGAGAGAGAGAGAGAACAAAUAUAUUUAAUCCGAGAUAUAUAUUCUCAAGCAUACGCGGCUGCGAGACGCAGAGAUCGACGCGACGGAAUACGCUCCCGGUGGAGUUUGACGCUGAUUUCGCUUUAACGAAUGUCUCUCUGGUUGGAGGCCUACUUAUCCUCAUAAACGAACGUUCGAGGAGUACGAGAUGCCGUCGGGAGCUUAUCGCUAAUUGGCGGACAAGAUAACACAGAGGAGCGCGAGUACUCGUGCAAAUUCUAUAUAUAUAAUAUAUAUCCGACACAUACGCGGAUCGAUAUCUCCUGAGGUUCUAACUUUAAUUGCUCCGUAAUUAGCGACUCGCUCGCGCGAGUUUCAUUGAAGCGAAAUCGGCCCCGAGCUCGUGAACAACUAAAAUAUAAUAUUCCCACUGUCGCCGGUCCCCGCUCCUUCGGGCUCGUUUUGUAUAUCUUGAUAUCGAGAUCGCGAUUGGUAAUAUUUUCUGGUCAAUGGAAUCUCGAGUGUAAUACGAGAUUCCCCGGAUGCGCGUUUUCGUCACUUUGAGAUUCCUACGUCCUCGAAACUGGUAAGAGAGGGUAUUUCUAUUGUCCUUCGAGUUAUGGUCGUAGAAAGUAGAUACUAGUCGUAGAAUGAUGUUGUUUAAAAAGUCGUCGCGCGAAUGCGUUCUCGAAAGAGAGAGAGAGAGAGAGAGAGAGAGAUUGCGUGAGGAUAAUUAUCGAUUUACGCUGACAAGCUUUCUAUGUUUGAAGCUGACAAACGACUACAUGUGAUUUUGCGAUAGCGCCCCAUCACCCUUGUGGUUCGUCUUCGGUGAUAAACGAUAAAUCAAGCUGUCCUUCGCGAGUCCUUCGCCGAUUUAAACACCACGCAAACGUAUUUGCUAAGCUGGCGAAAUGAGCGUACGGAACGCACGGUUUGACGUUUGGCGCGCAGCGAGAGAGAGACACUUUUUUUUGUUUUGACACCAAGUGUUAUCUCACUUACAUGGUGAGAGAGAACUCGGUUUAUUGUGUCACGGUGUGCGUUUGUGAUCAUGCGAACGAUAAAACUUAUACCUUCCCCUAUGCGAUAUUAUCGAAGACAAUCGAGUCUAUUCGAAGAAUACUCUCUGCUCCGAUCGUCACGAAAUUAUCUUCUGACGUUAACGCGAACGGUGAGUUGAAAAUUAUACGAGUGAGGAGCAACUGUGUGUGUAUCAUGCACAGACAAAUACGACACGUGCCGCUCGGUCGGUAGCUACGCGGAAAAGUGCAGCUGUUUCUUAGCCGAACGUUACUUUUCGUACUUUUGGGCUCCUGUUCUUCAAAUGGGCGCGUAUACGCAUGAACCUUAUAGAUGUGGUUGUGGACUAUGUGGACUGGCGAUUGCCUAUAGUUUUUGUUUAGUAGCGUCCGGAGGAGAUCAAAGAGAGAGAGAGAGAGAGAGAGAGGAACAUACUUUUCAGUACUUGUCUCUUUCUCUUUCCCUCUUUCUCUCUAGAGAUACUUCUGGACAUUUUAAGGGUGUGUCCAAAUCACAAAAGAGAAAUAGCGGAAUGGAACAGUAAUGGAAAGGAUACAUUGUGGGGACUAAUCGAUCAGAAUGACUCCGUUUCGUUUUCUCGGACUCUUCAUGGCAAAAUAUUUUACGAAAUUGAAUUGGAACGGACAGUCGUUUACGACCUGUAACAAUCUGUUUUAACUUAUAAUUGUGCCGCAUUGUAUUCUAAAUUCCACGGACUGGAUCAAGUUCGUUAUUUAAUAUUUAAUAUAUUUAUAUAAAUAUUUAAUAAGAAAUGUUGUAAAAAUAUCGAAAAUAUAAU